AUGAAGUGCCUGUUUGUUACUGUGGGGACCACCAGCUUCGACGACCUCAUUACAUGUGUGUCAGCACGUGAUAGUCUCCAAAUCAUCAAGAGCCUUGGUUACAACCGACUUAUCCUACAAAUUGGUAGAGGAACGGUGGUACCUGAACCAUUCAGUACUGAAUCAUUUACUCUGGAUGUUUACAGGUACAAGAAUUCAUUAAAAGAAGACCUUCAGAAAGCAGAUCUUGUUAUUAGUCAUGCAGGUGCAGGAAGUUGUUUGGAGAUCCUGGAAAAAGGAAAGCCACUUGUCGUGGUUAUAAAUGAAAAGUUGAUGAACAAUCAUCAGCUGGAAUUGGCAAAGCAGUUACACAGAGAGGCGCAUCUUUUCUAUUGCACCUGCCAUACACUUCCUGGGCUGUUAAAGUCAACGGACUUCUCAACCCUGAAAAGUUUUCCUCCUGGCCAGCCAGAAAAAUUUUCUGCAUUUUUGGAUAAAGUUGUUGGAUUACAAAAAUAAAUGCUAAACUCUCAACAAUUUAAAAAUACCCCCACAUCCAACCUGUA